UGCUGUAUUCUGAUUGGUCAGGUUUAGAUUUGCUUCAGACAUGGCCGAAACAACAGGAGAGGUACCACAGGGAGGACAAUACUUUCACAAAGAGAGAAUCAGAUACAGCCCAGACGAGGAGGCCAAGCUGGAACGACAACAUUUCUGGAGAAUAAUCGAUGCUUAUAGAUUUUACAGGGUUCAUGUUGGGGAGCAGGUCAAGCGAGCUGAGCGUCAGUUUCUAAGCUUACCAAAGCGCCACCAGAAUAUGCUGCCAAAUGUUUUGUCCAACCUGGCUCGGAUCAGGCAGUGUGCCGACCACAACCAGGAGGUGCUGCAGGCCAUCAUUCACAACAGCCUCGACAUGUUUGAGAACAUUGAGUACGGUGAGAGGCUUCAGAAGGAUCCACGAAAGGUCCGGCCAUCCACAACAUUUGACAUGGACAAGCUUAAAUCAACAAUAAAGCAGUUUGUCAGAGACUGGAGCGAGGCGGGUCGGGCCGAGAGGGACACCUGCUACCAGCCAAUCAUCCAAGAAAUCCAAAGAGUCUUCCCAAGUGACAAAUAUGAUGUAUCUAAGGUGAAUGUGCUGGUCCCUGGUGCCGGGCUCGGCCGUCUAGCCUGGGAAAUUGCUCGGUCGGGUUACACCUGCCAGGGCAACGAAUGGAGCUUCUUCAUGCUCUUCGCUUCAAACUUUGUUCUAAAUAGGUGUGAAAACGUGAACUCUCUGACCCUGUACCCCUGGAUCCACCAGUUUAGCAACAACAAGAAAUCCACAGACCAAACACGACCAAUCACAUUCCCUGAUAUCAACCCUCAGAGUUUACCGCUCACUGCAGACUUCUCCAUGGUAGCGGGCGACUUUGUGGAAGUCUACAAUGAAUCAGAGUCCUGGGAUUGUGUAGCUACCUGCUUCUUUAUUGACACUGCUCAUAAUGUCAUUGAGUAUGUGGAGACAAUCUGGAAGAUUCUUAAGCCGGGUGGAGUGUGGAUCAACCUGGGUCCACUGUUGUACCACUUUGAGAACAUGGCCAAUGAGCUCUCAGUUGAACUCAGCUAUGAAGACAUCAGGACAGCGAUUGUUAACUUUGGCUUCCUUUUAGAGGUGGAGAGAGAGUCAGUUCAAACCACCUACACAGAGAACGAGUGCUCCAUGUUGAGAUACGUUUACGACUGUGUUUUCUUUGUGGCACGAAAACCUGCAGACCUGUACUUUAAUGGCCAAGAAGAAGACGAUGACCUGCAGAGUUCUUCACCGGCUGCUAAGUCACCACGGCGAGAAGGUAAUGAUAGCCUGACGUGACAGAAGGUCUUUUGAAAACAAUCUUAAAACUUGGAGGAACACUGUUUCAAGAAAGAAAGAACCAACACAGAAGAAGAAAGUCUGUGGAGAAGUUUCUUUUACUUUGUCAUGUUUUUUUAUUUGUAAGAUUCACCUCAUGAGGAAAUAAUCCCAACUCCACAAACCCUGUUACUUCUCUGGACAGGCUAAAAUUCUGAUUCUCUGUAAUACUCAGAACAACUAAAACUGACUAUCUCUUGAUACCUGAACUAAGAGGAAUCUGUUUAUUUUGUUUUGUGUGUCAGCAACAAGCUAGGAAGGUGGAUUUCUGUUACCUGCCGCCCUGCCUGCCAGACACCUCUGCUAUUAAUAUUUCCCACCUCCAAUGACUUUAACUGACUGAGAGUGAGUGUGUGUAUAUGUGUGUGUGCGUGUGUGCAAGUGCGUGUGCAUGUGUUGGUGUGUGAGCGACAGCAUGAUAUUAACAUUUGCUUUUGAAACUAUUUAUUUUUUCAAAUAUUUUGCUGAUAGCUGCCUUCUUCUUGUUGAUCGGUUAUCAUGCUACUCUAAAAUUGUAAUCAGAACAUGUUUCAGCUUUAAGGAUUUAAUGUUUUAAAGUUGACAAUGACUUUCAUCCAUGAUCCUUGUUUCUUAUCACACUUUGGAAUAAAGCCACAUUUUAAAAAAA